AAACGGGCCCUAACAGAAGGGGUACAAGGAAAGGGUAGGGGAAGAGAAAAAACAGAACCAGCGACUGAAGAGUGGCGGCACUCGAAGCGAGAGCAUCGGCUACGGCAUUUCCUUCACGAAGAGAGAGACGAAACAGCACAGAGAAGAAACGUUCUUGGAGAAGCCAGCAAUUUGCAACGAUAGAGGAGAAACUAUGUCGUCUCCUUCUUGCCAUGGGCUCCCGGAUUUAUCUCCGGACUCACUCGUUGCAUCUGGUCGAAGCGCAGAGAAGCUGAGCCUUCCAUCCCUGCAAACGAAGAUGAAGUGUGACCCUGAGGGCUACGAGUCCGAGCUACUCCUCCUCUACCGUCACUUCGAUUCAUCUCUUCAGCUUUUCGAACAACAGGCCGCUUUCAAUUUCACUUCCAUAGGUGGCGUUGGUGGUGACGUCUCCGUCGCGAAGGACCUUGGUGACAUGGUCAUGUUCCUCGCUCACGUUACUCCCUUCUACCCAAAGCAUCUCUCUCAAUUCCCUAAGCAGCUCGCCGACUUACUCCGCUCUUCCGCUCGUUCACUUCCGUCGUCUCUCCGCGGCCAUGUUGUACAAGCCCUUAUUCUUCUUAUGAACCGUAAGGUUGUUGAUAUUGGGGACAAUCUUGCUUUAUUCAUGGAACUUCAAACUUUAGGGGACAGGGCUAUAAGAAAACUGGCCUUCUCUCAUGUUGUUCAUAGUAUCCGACGCAUGAACCAGAAGCAUAAGAAUGAAGCCAAUAAUCGGAAACUUCAGAACAUCCUAUUUGCAAUGAUACAGCAAGAAGACGAAUCAAAAGCUAAAAGGUCCCUUACUGUACUUUGUGAUCUUCAUCGGAGAAGGGUUUGGUUUGAUGAUAGGACAGCAAAUGCAAUUUGCACUGCAUGUUUUCAUUCAUCUUCAAGGAUCAUGAUUGCUGCUUUAUCAUUCCUUCUUGGUUUUGAGAAGAUUGAAGCUGAUGACGGUGAAGGCUCAAGCAGUGAAGAUGAUAUGACUUCUGAAAAGCCCCACGUUGUUAUUAGCAGGGAGGAUGUCUACAAGGCACAUAACAAAGGUACAUCUAGAAGUAAGAAGAAAAAGUUAGCAAAACUGAAGCGUGCCACCCGAAGCAUGGAAAGGCAGCAGAGAAUUUCUCAAACCAAGAAUUCAAGUUAUUAUUCACCACUUGGCCAUUUGAAAGAUGCACAGGGAUUUGCAGAGAAGUUGUUUUCUCGUCUUCAAGCUUGCAAUGAACGUUUUGAGGUUAAGAUGAUGAUGUUGAAAGUAAUCGCUCGAACUGUUGGACUUCACCGCUUGAUUUUGUUAAAUUUCUAUCCUUUUCUUCAAAAAUACGUUCAGCCUCAUCAACGUGAUGUCACAGAAUUACUAGCAGCAGCAAUUGAUGCCUGCCAUGAUAUGGUGCCUCCCGAUGCUGUUGAACUGUUAUUCAGACAAAUAGUAAAUCAAUUUGUACAUGAUCGUUCCCGCACAGAGGCAAUUGCUGUGGGAUUGAAUACAGUAAGAGAGAUAUGCCUACGUAUGCCUUUGUUGAUGACAGAAGAUUUGCUGCAAGACCUUGUGUUAUAUAAGAAAUCACAUGAGAAAGCUGUUUCUUCUGCAGCACGUUCUUUGAUUACUUUAUUCAGAGAGAUAUGCCCUUCACUGCUUGUUAAGAAGGACCGAGGGCGCCCUACUGACCCAAAGGCAAAGCCAAAAGCAUUUGGAGAAGUAAAUGUUCCAAGCGAUGUUCCUGGUAUUGAAUUGUUAUCACAGCAUAAUGGUGGUAGUGACAAUGAUGAUGAUGAGGAGGACGACGAUGAUGACGAUGAUGAAUCUAAAUUCAGUAGCUUUGAUGAUGGUGAGAAGUGUGCAAGUGAUGAUGAACUACAACAGUCAUUUUUGGGGGAUUCUGAGAGUGAGGAUGAUGUCAAUACAAAAACAGGAGAUGAAAAUAAUGAACAAGAAGGUACUGAUUCUGAGAAUGAGGAUGAUGCCAAUACAGAAACGGAAGAUGAAGAUAAUGACCAAGAAGGUAGUGAUGACAAUGACGAUGUUGAUGAUGACUAUGAGGAUGAGACAGCGGGAGAAAUGAGGGAACAAUUGAUUAGUCCUGACAAUGUUGAUAAUGAGGACGAGGAGAGAGACAAGGGGGAGGAACAAGUGGAGGAAAAAACUAAAUCACAGAAAAGAAAGUAUUUUGAUUUAGAUGGACAACUGAAUGCUGCUGAUACAAGUCUAAGGGCGCUGAAGAGAUUGGCAGGAGCUAAGAUUGGGGAUAUUUCAUCAGACUCAACUGAUGUUAUUCUUUCAAAUGAAGAUUUUCAAAAAAUUAAACAACUGAAAGCAAAGGAAGAUGCGAAGAUUGCUCUGAUGAAACAUGGGCUGUUAAGAAAGGGUUCAGAUGCAAAGUCGGCAACUUUUAAGAUUCCUAGUUCUGAACAGUUGAGUAUCAAAAGAGUGGAUCCCUCCAAACUUGAGGUGAACAUUAGAAGAAAGAUAAGCAAGGAGGAAAAGUUGGCAUUGGUGAAAGCUGGCAGGGAGGAUAGAGGGAAGUACCAAGCCCGAACUGCUGUGAAACAGAAAAAGAAGGGAGGUUUGAGCAAUAGACAAAAGGAGCACAAGAAGGCAAUGCCUCUUGCUGCAAAGAGAGCCAAGGUCUCACGGACCCGGGAAGUGAAAAAGAAACUACAACGCAGCUCUGGUAAACAGUUCCGGGGGAGGAAAGCCUGGAAGUGAGUUCAACUUAGUGUUCCCAGCGUCACAGUAACUAUUUUUCGGCAAUUUUUUCUCGUAAUUUGAUUGAAGACGGUGAGUUACACAAUAGUUGAAAUCCCCAAUCUGGUCCACAUGUAUAUUCAUAUUUCUACUUGUGCACCCUUCCGCUGCUAUGUCAAAAAAAUUUCCAAGUGAGCUUCCUUUCUCUUUAUAGUGGUGGGUGUCAGUUGUAUCCUUUCUUCCCAAAUGCUUCGACUUGCAGUUGGAUGAGUGAAUCAAACAUGUGGUUAAAUUAACGUGUAGGACUUGCACUAUUGAUGAAGCGAGUUGGACAGUGGCCUAGGUUUAAUGCUCAAUACACCAUUCUUUUUCAAGUCAA